GGGACUGACAACACGGACCUUGGGAGAUGCUGCAGGAUGUUUUGUCAUUAAUAUCUUCCAUCAAUAUGAAUUUUUCUCUCAUGGAUCUAGACAUGUUGGACUCCAGAUCUGACUUCGCAACCCAGUCUUCAGCAUGGUGUGGUUUGGAAAGUGUCUCUGGAUCAGGGUCUCUGUACAAAUCCAGCUCAAGAGCUGAUGGCUUCAUCCAUCCAGGGCUGAGGAGGUGGCAGUCAAUCUACCAUCUGGAGUCUGAGAGUCCUAGAAGGUUUUCACCAUUAAAGACAGACUUAUGGGCAGGUCGAAAUGAAAGGAGCUUCAGACCAGCAGAAGGGAGGCCAUGGCUUCAGGAUGCUCAUGAACGGCUGCACACGAAGCAGGACUGGAUGAGGAGCAACAGAAGAAUGGCACAGAUGCUCGACAUCGAACAAAUGCUGCUAUCCAAAUCAAUGAGUGGUGUCGGACAGGAUGCAGGUGAAUUACAACAACUGGACUGGAGUCGACACCAUGGAGACCUCAAAGAAAGAGCCUUAAAGCUGGAAAAUGAGCUGCAGCACAUGAGGUCUAAUUUUGAGAAUGUAAGUGAAGAUCAUUGGACUCGUCUUCCAGCUCCAGCGUUACACAGCGAAUCCCUAAAGACUCCAGGAGACGUGCAGAAACAGGAGAAGAGCAAUCUUGCAGCUGAGGUUGGCUUCCUAAGGAAGGCCCUAAGAGAAGCUGAGGCAAAGGCCACAACUCUUCAAGAAGAACGAGACAAAGCAGUGAAGGAUCUUCAGACUUCUGUAGAGGUUAAAGAAAACAUGAAACAAGAACUUGAAGUGAUCAUGAAACAUCUGGCCUCGACACAACUUCAGCAGCAGGAGCUAAAUGAGGAGAGAAUCAGAACUUCGAGACAGAUCACAGAUCCAGAAGAAAAGCGCUCUAAGCUGAUCAGAAAAAAGAAGGAGCUCCUGAGUAAAAAAAACCAAAGUGGAUGUACAGCUUUAAAUGAGACAAACAAAAGCAACCUGCCGCACAGGUAA